AUGUCUGCUGAGCCGAGCCCCACGACAAACGGCUCGUCUGCUCAGCAGCAGCCUCAACCGCCGCCGUUACGUUCAGCUCUCAAGAGUGACGACGAUAUCGAACGUCCGCUACCCCCAAGCGGCUCUCUCAAAGCGGUACAGAUCGCGGAACCCGAGUCUGAGAUUCAAACCCUGGAGGAUGAGUCCCAGUAUACAAAGCAGUUUCCUACAAACCUCCGACGACGUUUGAGCGGCAAACCUCCACCAUCCCAGCUACCCAAUAGCUCCUCAAGAUCCUCUUUCAGCGACGGUCCUUCCGCUAGUCGCGCACCUGACGAGCCUGCUCCGACCUCGAACCCUUCUUCGCAUCACCAUCACGGACACCGCCGACAGUAUUACAGCGAGAAAUUACUGGCACAAGUGGGAGAUUGGUUGGAACAUGAGCGAUCCAAAGCACAUGCCAGGAAAUCUAAGAAGACCGGUCGCCGUCGCAAGUCCAAGUCGCCUAACAAGGAGACUCAGGGAAAGAGCACUGGAGAAACUGCGCCUGAAUCUGCACCAGCACCUGUACCCGCUCCCGUUCAAGGAUCCGAACAAAGCAGCAAUGGGCGCCCCCGCUCUGAUUCCAUCGACUCGGACUCAAGUGAUAUUUCUUUUGACAGACUUCAGCGCAUCUUGGAAGAAUCUCUAGCCCACAUGGGUCUUAACUCGGUGCCUCACAUGACACCUAAAAUGACCCGUCCAAAGCAGCGAAAGGUUCCCUCUCGAUCGUCUCUGCGUGGCCCUUCUUCCGAUACUGAAUACGCCGAUGGUGACGCCAUUGUCCCCAGCUGCGAUGUUUGGCUUGACAAUUCCAAGACAAUGAGCUAUGGCGGCGGUAAUGCAGACGCCGAAGACCAGGACGCCAAUGAUCCCGAUACCAGGGCCGAUAAAGAAAGGGAGUGCUGGCUCAACUUCAAGAACGAGAUCAUCCGCAUCGCCCACACCUUGAGGCUUAAGGGCUGGAGGCGCAUUCCCCUAGGUGGCGGUGAUAAGAUUUCUGUUGAAAGGCUGAGCGGUGCCUUGACCAAUGCUGUUUACGUCGUUACACCACCAAAGGAAAUUGACGAAUCUGACGGCAAGCGAAAGCCCACAAAGGUACUCCUACGUAUCUACGGACCACAGGUCGAGCAUCUCAUUGACCGAGAUAAUGAGCUUUCUGUUCUGCAGAGGUUGGCACGAAAGAAAAUUGGGCCCCGACUGCUUGGUACUUUCCAGAAUGGCCGAUUCGAACAGUACUUUGAAUCCAUCACACUCACUCCAAUGGACCUCCGAGACCCAGACAUGUCUCGCUCGAUUGCCAAGCGAAUGCGGGAGCUUCACGAUGGUAUUGACCUGCUUCCUCAUGAGAGAGAAGGCGGUCCUGCAACAUGGAAAAGUUGGGACCAGUGGUUGGAGAACGUGGAGCGGAUCGCUACUUACCUUGACAAAGAGUAUGAGAAGGAUGCUGAAGGCCAACAAGGUCAGCAGGAUUCUGUCGCUCAUGCUUGGAAGUCGCGGGGUUAUGUGUGUGGAACAGCUUGGCCCGAAUUCAGAAACAUGAUGACCAAGUAUCGCGUGCAUCUAAACAGCUUUUACAAGGGGGGCCAAAGAGAAGUCAAAGACAGUCUUGUCUUUGCGCAUAGCGAUACUCAAUAUGGAAACAUUCUUCGUAUUCGCCCUGAUGAUGAAAAAUCACCACUUCUUCAGGCCGCCAACAAACAUAAGCAGCUCAUCGUCAUCGAUUUUGAAUAUGCGGGACCCAACACUCGUGGUCUUGAAUUUGCCAAUCAUUUCAACGAGUGGACAUACAAUUACCACGAUGCUACGGUGCCCUGGGCGUGCGACGUGCGAAGAUAUCCCACGCUUGAUGAACAACGUCGGUUUAUCAAGGCUUAUGUCGAUCAUCGUCCCCGGUUCCAAGGCAGUAACUCCACACCCCGCCUGGCUCCCGCUGAUAGCAACGCCUCAAGCGGCAUGUCGACGCCACUUGCGACACCUGGAAACCCUGCUGCAAGUAGCUCAAGCUCCAUCGUUGAGUUCAUGCUUGAUGCGCGAGUACCUCCAGGAGGUUGGAGCGCUGCGGAACGAGCCAACGAUGAGCAGCGAGACCAACGCGUGCGAGAGUUGUUGGAGGAGACCCGACAAUGGCGCCCCGCCAAUCAUGCUCACUGGAUUGCGUGGGGUCUUGUCCAAGCCAAGAUCCCAGGUCUUGAUGAGUCUAUCAAAGAAGAAGACCUACUGAGCCCCGACGAGUUCGAUUAUUUAAGCUACGCCCAAGAUCGUACCCUGUUCUUCUGGGGUGACUGUGUGCGCAUGGGACUCGCUAAGAUGGAACAGCUGCCACCCAAGCUGCAGCAACAGAUCAAGACCGUCGAAUACUAA